ACCCGAGCGGCCGACUAUAUACUCAAUAUAUAUGUACAAGACUUCAAACCAUAUAAAAAUACAGAUACAGCGGACUUCACAUUUUGCAAAGCACAUAGCAAAGUACUUAGUAGACGAGAUGGUUACGGGAUGGAUCAACUGCCAGGUGAUUGGUCAGUCACGACGAAUGACUACCUACCAUACAAUACACGACAGUGCGGGAACUUGGAAGAACUUACGUCUGCCAUUAAGAACGGUGAACGUGUUUGGUUGAAUGAUAGUCUACAAGAUGCGCCAGAUAUGGUUAAAGCAGUUGAAUCGUCCUAUUUCAAGCCUGCAAAUUGCGAUAUACCAUAUAUCCAGGAAAGAAGUGAUAUAUGCGGUAUACUCGCAAAAUAUUCUAGCGUAGCCCUGUUGGGAGACUCAUUGACAAGGCAUCUCACCCAAGCACUUAUGAUUCAGAUGACUGAUGAUUACGUUGCCGGCGGUACAGUUGUUAAAACUUCGGCAGCACAACUGCAUUGUAAGUGUGAUGGCCUAUUCAGCGAGAAUGCAAUGUGUCGAGGUAGAAAUGCAAUAGAUCUCUACGACUUGUUCCAUGAAGUCUGUUCGGAUGUACAGCCACUGUCUCGGUUUGAUUUUAUGGGCGCAUCCGCUGAUGGACAUCCUCGGCGACGUGUCAAAGCUCACGCCGACCGUAUUGUCUGCCCAGACGAUGAUACAAGGCCAGUCUUGAUACAGUUGCAGGGCGGAUUGCACGUAAAAUCUAGCGCCAAGCGAACGAUUAGCGAGAUAAUUCAACCUCUCUUAGAAAAUCCGAAAUUUAAAAAGUGUCAAGAGAAGGGCAAAGUUCGUUUGAUAUGGCACGCAGGAUCUGCACAAUCCCGUGUAUUGGAUAAGAAGUAUCCACAUCAGAGUCGGGAGAACUAUCUCGAGUUCAACAAGAAGAUAGACGAAUAUCUGACUGAAAAUCAAGUUAAUGUAACUAUACUGGAUUGGUGGAAAUUGAGCGAAAAUGCCCAAAUGUCAGACGGUGUACAUUACUUGCAGGAUGUGAAUGUGAUGAAAUCGAAUCACUUUCUGACCGUUGCUUCCAUGCUUGCGUGAUGUUUUAAAGCUAGUAAUCGUCAAGCAUCAAUCAAUUUGCAACUUUUUUCUUCCACCUUGAGGUGGAUUAAGCUUCUUUCGUUCGCCUACCAAUGUCGCACAUCGCAACUCCGGUUUCACGGCGCUGCAUACAACCAGUAAGGGCUAAUCACGCAAUUAUUCUGCCCGAGUACCUGAGAGAGUAUAAUCGAUAUUACCAGGGGAUAAGGGCAGCUUGGAAAGUAGACAGCGGUCGUAUCGUCAAUGGAGGAAUUUAAACCGUGUUGAUCUGAAAAGUCGGAAAACAAUACAAUUUAUGCAUUCAUCUUUCAAACAGAUUUGGUAAAAUGAAUGCAUGCCAACCUAACACUACAGCUAUUGAUAGAAACAAGAGAGUACUACCUGCUCUAGAGCACAAUGAGGUUAAGUUGAAUUUGUAUAUGCUUAUUAUUAUCCUUAUACAACGAUUCGGAAUAGUCAAUUUAUGCCCUCAAUAUUAGAAUACAGAACAAGAAUAAAAAAAGGCAAUAUGCGAUCGAUGGAAUUGAGUCAUCAACAAAAU